GCGGCCGGCGCCCUACCCCAUGAUCGUGGCGCCGCCCGGCUACUGGGUCGACGGCCACGACCACGACUGCGCGUUCGACGCGCGCGGCAACCCCGUGCUGCCGCAGCCGCCGCAGCCCGCCGCGCCGCAGGCGCACCGCUACAAGAUCGAGACCGAUGAGACGGCCAAGUGCUACCGCAGGUUCUUCGUCGGACUCGAGCACGUGAACCUAGUGGCCUCAGAUGAUGAACUCGGCCCAGUGUGUCUGUCGGUGAAGACGGAGAAUGUCGCCAACCAGGAGCACACCCGUAUCCUGUUGCGCCUGCGCACUGGCACGAUGCACGAGCUGGUUCCUUCCUCGUGCUUGGGGCCUAUACCAUCACCAGCCAAAAUGGCAAAGCUUCUUAAUGACCAACUCACGGUGGAUAAGUUUACACCAGUGCUGUACCCAAGAGCAUCAAAGCUGAUUGCUGAAUAUGAUGAACAUGUCUUGGUGUCUACUUUCAAAUUUGGAGUCCUCUACCAGAGAUUUGGACAGACAACAGAAGAGGAGUUGUUUGGGAACAUGAAUUCAAGCCCUGCUCUUGAUGAGUUCUUGCAACUCAUUGGACAAAGGAUUCCUCUGAAAGAUCACAAGGGGUAUCGUGGAGGCCUGGAUACACAGUUUGGUCACACAGGAGAAGAAGCUAUUUAUGAAGUAUUUAAAGACAGAGAAAUCAUUUUCCAUGUUUCUACAAUGUUACCAUACACGGAGACUGAUCCACAACAGCUACAAAGAAAGAGGCACAUUGGUAAUGACAUAGUUGCAAUAGUAUUCCAGGAGUCCAAUACACCAUUUUCUCCAGAUAUGAUUGCUUCACAUUUCCUACAUGCAUAUAUUGUUGUGCAGGUAUUGGAUCCCAACAGCCCAAAUACAAGGUACAAAGUUAGUGUCACAGCCAGAGAUGAUGUACCCUUCUUUGGACCAACUUUACCAAGCCCAGCUGUUUUUAAGAAGGGACCAGAAUUCAAGGAAUUUCUCCUUACUAAGCUGAUAAAUGCAGAGAAUGCUUGCUACAAGGCAGAAAAAUUUGCUAAACUUGAGCUGCGAACCCGAUCUUCACUACUGCAGGCACUGACAGACAAGCUGCGUGAAAAGACACGAGAGUUCCUCGGAGCAGAAGAGUCACCGACAUCAGCACCCGACACCCCAAAGUCUGAUGGGGGUGGAGCAGGCAGCCGUUUCAUCGACACUGUGCGCAAGGCGUUGAUCGCCAGGGUGCGUAGCCAGAGUGUCGAUAAUAACCUGAUCACGGCCGGGUACAAGAAGCAGACAGUGUCGCAACCACCACCCUCGAUACCCGAGACGGCCACACCUUUGAGUGGACGGUCUAUUGCAAAAGGAAGUGGUGGUGGCAAGAAGAGUAUACCAUCAUCUCCAGUGUCAAGUCCAGACAUUCAAGGACACAGACCAACGAGGGUUACAAUGUCAGAAAGUGAUGACUCCUCACUGAAUAGUGUGGACUUAGAUGCAGCAGUAUAUGUGGAUAGCGACACUGGGCUAGAGAGCAUGUCAUCUGCAGAAACACCCCACAAGGCAUGUAGUCUUUGUGUUGAGGGAGAAGCCCUGCGGCAGGAAGUUUCUCGCCUCAAAUGUGACAAACUUGAUCUCCUCCAACAGAAUGUUACACGUCAGAGAGACAUCAAACGGCUGAAGGAGAAGGAAAUUCAGCUCCAGACAGACCUAGCAGCAGCUUCGAAGGAAAUAUCACGUCUGAGGGAACUAUUGAAAAAUUAUGGUACAGGAGGUGAUGGUUCUCCUGUGUAAUGGAAAAAAUUUGCUGUAGGCAGUGAAUGAAAGCUUCAUUAAUUAACAGUCUGUGACACAACCUACAAAGUAACAGGUGUCUAGAUUUCACCCUAUAGAUUCCAUCAUCCCUUCUGUGGAGUGUAACUUGAUGUAAUUAUUCUGACUGUGAAUAAGAGGAAGAACGAAAAUAUUGUAGAGUGCCUGUGUAUAUGAAUGAGUAAAAGAAUGCCUGUUUAAUUUUUUUAUAGGUGAAAACCGCUAUGAAUGGAUGCAUGUAUCAAUGAGUGAGUGAGCAUGUGUUUAGCUGUGCAUUGAAAAACAAAUUUGUGCUAUAUUUGUACCUUGAACGUCAUUGUGAGCCCCCUCUUUACUGUCUUGAGAUUAUACUGGUGUAAUUUAGACUUAACAGUCCUUUUUACCUUCUGAAGCACUGCCAAUGCUAAUAAGAAUAAUAUAUUUCACUUUCAUAUCAAAAAUCAGUAAUACAAAUUUAUUUAACUCAAGUGGCAGUGUUUUGUUUUAAAUUGUGUUUUACUUUUAAUAGACCAUGUAAUGAAAUACUGUGUAAUGAAAUAUGAAUUCUUACAAAGCAGAUUGAUUGAUUGUUUUUGAAUUUGUAUCUUUAAGUUUUAUCAUGGGCAUUGUUGUAUGUACAAAAGCUUAAUAUAUAGGACAAUGACUUCAGCAGCCCUGUGGAAACUGUCAAAUUAGGCUCCUUCAAAGUAGAUGAGCUGAAUUAGCAGUCAGUGUAUUCAUACAUAUUUAUUACUUGUGUUCUAACACUAUCAUCAGACACUUUCAUCUUUAUUCACAACUGAUGUUAUUUAUAGCAAUUAUAUUUUAUACCUAGUUUUUCAUUCUUUGUACAGGAAAUAUGUAAUUUUUAUGACAUAUUUUGUUAGUGUAUAAAUAACACCUCUCAGCGUAAUGUUUGCACCACUGAAAGUUAUUAAUGAAAUGUACCAAAGCUAACAUUCCUCAGUUUCACUAAAUGUCUCGCUUAUUGGUGUAAAUAAAUAGUUUAAGGACAGCGAGAAGAGAGGAAAGAUCAGUUGUCAUGCUGCUGUUAGUUUUCUUCAUGGAAAUACCAAAAAUUAAAGUAAUUACAUUCUGUAGGUGUGUAUAGAUGAUCUGCAGAAUACUUAGUGUUAAUGUUGUCAGAAAAGGACUCUCUGUAUGACUUAAAAUAUUACUUGGAUGGCAUAGCAUUCUUUGUAUAUUGCACAUGUAAAUAUAAGAAAUUAAAUUAUCCACAAACCUUAAAAUGA